AUGGAUAGUUAUCUCUACGCCAUUGGCACCAUUCUUUCUCCACAGGAUAAACUUCAGUUCUUCUCAACCGCAGACUGGGACCCAGAGGAAGGCGGAAUUAAUUACCAAGCAACUUAUCACCAGAGCCUUGAGUCCUCUCUCAAGAAGUACUCGGAGAAUCUUGCCCAGGAGUACAAUCUUAGAUUUGACAGCCAGUUCAGUCUGACGAGCUUGCAAGAUAUCUUGACAGCAUCCCAAAUGCCCAACCUCGAACCUAGUGGAAAUAUCACCAAGAUGAAUUCCCUGGAAUGGCAAGGCUUGCACAAGAUGUUCUCUCUAUUCCAGCUAGUGGUGCAGGAUGAUGAUGAAGAGGAUGAAGGGCUUUCUACAGAGCCCCAAGCAACUUCGCAUAGCCCAUCUACAAAGGCACUUGGCAAAAGACGCCUAAGGGAUAUAGCCAAGGAUGUGGAAAGUGACCAGGAGAAUAAUAGUGAGAUUAUGUCUCUACCAAAGAUUCAGCACCGAGUGUCAGGUAGAGUUCGCAAGCGUUCAAGGUUGCUUGAUGGAUAUGAGAUGUAG